CAUGAUCCAAGCCAUGAUCAAAAUGGUCGAUCAGUGAAAAAGGCCGACAAUUAAUGAAUUUCCAGCCAACUGCUGCUUUGUUUUGGCUCUUUCUGUGGUUGUGUGGACUUCAAGCAUGUCAUGCUACGAUUCUGUAAAAAGUGGCAGAUCAGAUAGGCGAAGGAAUUUGAACACUGCUUGUGAUUCGUCUGCUCUGGAUUCAAUACGGAUAGAAAUAGAAGUCUAUUCUAGCAACAUCAAACAGCAGAAAUACGACAUUAGCAAAUGUGCAGACUCGUCGAAAAAACGUGGCCAUCUCCGACAAAAGAUGGAAAAAGAAAAGAAAAAACUUGCAGCAGUCAUUGAGUUGUACACUUCGAAGUCUGGUGAGGAGAUUGUGAUUGAAGAUGUCACUAAGGAAGAUUACAUUUUCCCUUGGGAGCAAUGUUCAGGUUACGCUGUCAUGUCCUACUCUUUGAAGAAGAAACUGGUGGACAUUCAUGAACAUAUUCAUCGAUAUCAGAAAGAGAAGCUUCUCCUUGUUCGUGAAAUGAAGGCAGCUACGUCUUACCUGACAGGGCGAGUGAUCAGCCUUAAAGAGAUGCUGAAGGUGGCAGAUAGAAGUCCUGAAGAGUUUGCAAAUUAUCUAGAUAGGGAUGAGGCGUACCAUUUAACCAGUGCAAACGAUAGAGUAAUCCGCGGUGCUAUGGUGGAGAUACGUGGAACACUGGAGUUCUAUAUAGAUCUGCUCGAGCAGAGUGCCAAUGUAUUCCAUACGGUCAUGCGUGACGAAGAAUAUGUGGAAACGUUUGACAUUCUUUAUCAGGAGGAUGAAGAAGAAGAAAGGGCCUAUGAGUGUGAGAGUAAUGAUGAUGACGAUGACGAUGAUGAUGAUUUUGUUGAUGAUGAUGAUGAUGAUGAUGAUGGAAAUAAUGAAUAGAGCAGUCAAAUACUGGUCAUCGUGCUUCUGGUCAGUGGUAAUGAUGGAAAGGGUUUUUUACUUGAAGGGCUUCUCCACGUAUUUGGUUUGUAAUUCUAAAAGGCCUUGGUCACCGGAUAUCGUUGUUUCUGAUGGAAAAUGCCUUAAACAGGUAGCGCCCGUCCCAGGGAACAGGUGAAUGGGUACUGCCCAAUGGGGGGUCACCUGUACAUGUGGUACUAAUGCAUUACACUAUGUGCACUACUGGAACUCCCUUGUCUGGCAAUUGGUUUUGCCCGUCUGGAGUUGCCCCUUUAAGCCUUGUUUUGAUUUCAGUCAUCCAUGGUAUUGAACCCAAGGACUGCUUGGUAUUAUUAUUUUGAUUCCCCAAUCAACUAGAAGUUUGUGGAGCAGUGCUGCAUUGAAUAAGCAAGAUAAUUUGGAGAUUACCUCUUACGCAGUUCAUUGACUGAAGCCAGUAAUGUUAUGCAACGUUAUGCAAUGUUAGCCAAAUGAACAGCUUGCAUCAGCAGCUACCUAGGGGCCCUUGAAACUACUGAUAUCUAACAAAGGAAGCUUAUUCCCACCUUAUGUUUUGACUGGGCCAUUCAAAACUCCCCAUUUUUAUAAGCGUUUCUUGAUAGGUUCCCUUAAACUUACGUCACAAUGUCACGCAACACAUAAAAAGAAUUAGCUGUGUUGAUCGAGUCAGUGCGAGAAUGAUUGGGGCUGGGUGGGGAGCAUUGGUAUGAGCAUCAGUUUAUAUAUAUUACUAUGUCUUACCCUUGUAACUUCGUGCGAAUAUUGCACAAAGUCAAAUGCCUUCUCAUCAGACAGGUCCUGAACACGUGGUGUUUAUACUAGCAAAGCAGGAAAAUUGUUUGCAUCUCUAAAACUCAAACAGACUCCUUAGUCCUACAAUCAAUGCAGGGUGUCUUGUUAACUUCGGUUUAUGAAUCCUAUGGAUUUACUUUGUCAAUCGGCAAUUUUUAGGGUUACUUUGAAACUGAAAAUGAUACAAAGGGCACAAAAAAAGCUUGUCUGUCAAGCUUUUAUGCGAAAAUACACAUGGCCUAGUGGAUAAGAUGGUAAGGGUCUAGGGCUAAAUGUCUCGAGUUCGAACCCUCUGCAAGGAAUUUUUUUUUUUCACCGGAUCGCCUCUGUGACCUGUCUCAUCAAUGAACUUGUGUAAAAAAGUGAGACCCGUCACUGGGUGUCUAUCAUGUUUAACAGUUUGGAUGUUGUGUUCUUUUCACUUGGCCACUUGGGCUUUUUAUCAUGUUAUGCUUAAAUGAGACGUUCGUAUUUUCUGAUGUAUUGUUAGGAUGUGUGAUGUUUCAUGUAAAUUAUUCUUACUAUGCUCACAACACCAAUAGGACAUUAGUGAUUUGCAGUGAUAGCAUUGGGUGCCAAGAUGAUGGUAAAGUGCUCUUUUUGGGAAUGAUAUAAAGACUAGAAUAACAGGCGGGCAAAUAAAUUUCUACAACGUGCACUUCAUGAGUUGUUCAAAGAACGGUUUACUGUAAGCCAGGUAAUAUUCUUAAGCUAUUAUAAAGGGAAGCUGUCUGUAGGAGCUAUUAAGGCUGUACAUAUAGUCUUCAGGUGUCAUGGAUUGUGUUAUACAUGUAUGCUGCUAUAAUCAUUUUCCUACAUGUAAAUGAGUGUAAUACAGUGGAAGUAGUUUUGAUGUGCAUGUACUAUGAGAUGUGCGAGACCCUGAUCAUCGACGUGGUGUAUAUUGCCUACCUAUGUAGCUGCUUUGCCUGUAGGGUCCCUUGAAGCCUGCUGCUUGGCUCAGUUUUCACCAGAAUGGCAUAUGCAGAGUAUUCAUAGAUCUUAAAUUGUCUUCGGAUGUAGUUUAUUUAUAGAAAAUGGGUGUUUACUGAUUUCACAUGACAUGUAUGAAAUAUUGCUCUGGAUUGUUUUUGUAAAUCAGGCAGACUGAAUAUCAUAUUUUUUCGUUAGAUUGUUUGGCGUAUUUGGUUUAUUCGUGUCAAAUGCAGCUUUUUCUGGCAGCGAUUGUUCUUGUACAGAUUCUUAAGAAAAAACCAGUGUCAUCUUUCCAAAAUAAAGAAGUGAUUUGAGUUUAUA